AGAUGGAACUGGAAUCGAUGCUACUUUUCUGCACGACCUGAUAAUUCGGUGAGUAUUCAUUGGGUUGCGGCACCUACUCUGGCCGAAGUGCUGUUGAUGAGCUUGAAGGGCUUUAUUUCGGCGGUCUUUUACUUGGACACUUCAUGAGUUCUUGAUGCCUUUUAUUGGUUGAUUAUGUACCUCUACCUCAUCUUCAUGUCGCACAUGCCUACGAGUCUGAAAUAGAUGUUGACCCCAAGCACUCCCUCGUCGCCUUCCCAGGCAAAAGUGAACAAGCGGCAGACCACCGAGUUUGAGGAUUGGUUGUCUGGGCAGUCGUAUGCGGCGCACGUCAGUUUUUCGUUUGGCGGCCUCGAGGGCCAGAACCUCGAACAGGAACCGGAUACUUUUGCGAACUGGAUUCGGGACCACCUUUUUCUCGAGUCCCUCGAUUUGCGCGGGAUGGGAAUCGACGGCGAAGCGUUGGGCAAGCUGGCAAAGGUAAGUCGAAGCGACCAUGUUCAACAUCUUCACGCAGCGUUUUUAUCGCGAUUUAUGUUGCAUCGUGAAGCGUCGUAAUUUCAGUGCAAUACUAGUGUGUGUACAUGUACUCAUGUGAAUGUGUGCCUGCCGAACGUCAGCCCUAUGCGGAGCUAGGCAACCACUUGAGCAAGUGUAAAAAAAUAACAGCAGGCAAGAAUCGAUCAUCGGUACUUGCACAACUUCAAAAAAAGAACAUGAACACUGAAACUAAGGGUCUGAGUGGGAACCGAAGUAUCUCGUGCCUAAACUUUACGCACAACGACCUGGGGAGGAAGAACUACAAGGAGUUUCUGCACAAGUUGGCGGACAACGUGUCAAUCUGGCGGCUGGAGCUGCAGCAGAACCACCUGAACGCGGAGUGCGGCCGGGCUAUCGCAGAUUUCAUGCGCGAGAAUGUCGGGGUCACGCACCUAAACCUGUCCAACAAUCCAGAACUGGGUGAGGAGGGGGCAAGACACAUCCUAGAAGCCUUCGCCGAAAAUGGCUCGAUAUACGUGAUGAAGCUGGCCGGCUGUAACUGCGGGGAGCUAAUGCUCGAGAAGAUCAAUGAACGCUGCCGCAGAAAUCGCGCAGCUGUCGCAUACAAAAUGGAGAACGAACCGCCUCCGGAAGCUGAAAAAAAGUAUUCUGAUAAAAUAGCAGCUGUGGCAGCCUUAUUUCCUUUCUCGGUUGACAUUUACUUAUUUUUCCGGUCGAGCGCCAGAACAAGCACAAGGCUUGGCUGCGCUGGAUCGGUGUGACAGACUUGUGACCGAGCAAACGAAAAUUCCAGGGAGGACGAUGAAUCGCCUGGGGACCUGGACGAGCGCGAAGAAGAGGAAGAGGAGGAGGAAGAAGAAUACACUGGCAAACAGCGCUUCAAUGUCUGUCAGAAAUGUGUGUACGUUGGAUCAUGUGUAGCACGGUACGAAGUACUAGUUGUGCAUGUGUAAUUUGUUUUGUGUUAGUACUAGAUGCGAAGAACCGCACCUCGAGGGAGACGGCGAAGCCCACGAUUCUGACUGGGCAUUGAGAUUGAUUGCCUUUGCAUAAAAUGGAAGAAGAAGACCUCGACGAGGAGGGCGGUGGUGGCAAGGCGAAGGAGAAACAAAAGCGGUCCAUCGGGGACGUGAAGGUGGGUAUAUCCGCUGCAGACUUGCUCCCGAAAGAAACCAUUUUUGUGCUCGUGGACCAGAAAAAGCGAGAGCAGGAGCGGCUCGACGACGCAACGUUUUACGAAUUCCUCGCCGAGUACCUAGACAGCUUGGAGGUGGACCGAGCCAAGUUCGACCGGGACGAGAAGCGUGCACUGGAAAACAUCGAGCGCGACAGUACCGCAUUCACCGCCCGUGAAAAGGAACAUGUUCAGAAGAUCAAAGGUAUCAAUCUUAGAGGUGGAGCAUCAAGCAGCACCAACCUAAAACUUUUAUCUGACAAUUGUACCAGAAUGAAAAUGAAUUUUUCGACUUUCUCAAUGUCAAGCAUCGAUGAUAUGUUGGAAAGACGAACGCCAACCGAUCGCGAUGUCUAUUUAUUUCGAGAAUUGCGCGCCAGCAUGUUCCUCACAUGACAGACCUCGAAGGCGGCAUUUUCGAGAUCUCGAAAGACAUGCUUGUGUGCCGCAAGCGGCUCGAGGAGAAGAAGCGGGAAGAAAUUCAGUUGCAGGACAAGAAGUACAUUCUGGAGGGUAUCCUGAGUAAAAACGUACCCACCCCAGAGUUGUCAUGCAGAUUUGCCAUGACAGGAACAUUUGUAAUGCGCAACCCCAUGACAGGCAUUUUCGAUCGUGUUUGGGAACUUGUAAUGCUGUAAACAGGAUCAGCAGAUCGAUUUGUGAUGCGGCUUUCCUUGCUAACUUGCACUACCUUACGGACUGAAACUUGUCAUGCGUGACUCCCAAAACUCCUAGGUUUGUGCUGCAAAAUCCCCAUCUUGACUCUGGUGUGGGGACAUUUUUACUCAGGAUAGAGGGCAUGAUUGGCGCGGAGGAAGAACAGUUCGUGGAACAGCUGGAACAGAUGGAAUUCGAGCUCAAGGACGUGGAAGCGGACAAAAAGAUGUUCGGGACGCAAACCUCCGUGGUCCUCAAAGACCUGGAUAUGAUCAAGAAGGAGAACAAGCGGCUGCGCUCGCACAUCAGGAAAUUCCAGGAAAGCAUCGCGGAAAUCGUAGCGACCUGAAAUAACGAGUGGCGGUCCGAGCUGUACACCGACUCGCAUUUUUUCUGCAGGCUGCGUUCCUCAAAAUGUCCCUUUUGCUUGUCUGCCGUUUUUGCACAUUCAUUCAUGCUACAUGGAAUAAACGCUCAAGAAGAAAAAUCAAUAUAGAAAAGGUGUUUUUAGCCCGCACCUUGCAAACAGGUUUGCUUUGCUUUUGCGGAAUAAAACACAGCAUUGAUCAUGAUAGAUGCGAG